GGGACUCAGCCCCUGGGCUGAUUCCAGCACCUGAGCCUAGGUUUAUGUCAGAGUGAGCUGGCUGCUCCCGUGGGACAUUACGGCGUGCCCUGACUCAGGAGGUGCUCAGAAAGGUGCUGCUGGACCUCUGGAAGGAGACGGAAAGUGGCAGAGUCAAAGCUGAGUGGUUGGAGAGCAGUGAUUUCCAGCUCCUUCAGAUGUUUAUUUCCUGGAAAUUUGGAGAGCGACCUCAACCGAAGCGGCUCACCAGGGAAGCAAUGCGAAAUUACCUUAAGGAGCGAGGCGAUCAAACAGUACUAAUACUCCAUGCAAAAGUUGCUCAGAAAUCAUAUGGAAACGAAAAAAGGUUCUUUUGUCCCCCUCCGUGUGUGUAUCUUAUGGGCAGUGGAUGGAAGAAAAAAAAAGAGCAAAUGGAACGGGAUGGUUGCACUGAGCAAGAGUCACAACCCUGCGCCUUCAUUGGAAUAGGAAACAGUGACCAAGAAAUGCAGCAGCUGAACUUGGAAGGAAAGAAUUAUUGCACUGCCAAAACGUUAUACAUAUCAGAUUCAGACAAGAGAAAGCACUUCAUGCUAUCAGUAAAAAUGUUCUAUGGCAAUAGUGAUGACAUCGGUGUGUUCCUCAGUAAACGAAUCAAAGUCAUCUCCAAGCCUUCUAAAAAGAAGCAGUCGCUGAAAAAUGCAGACUUAUGUAUUGCAUCAGGGACAAAAGUGGCACUAUUUAAUAGACUUCGAUCCCAAACAGUUAGCACCAGAUAUUUGCACGUAGAAGGCGGUAAUUUCCAUGCCAGUUCACAACAGUGGGGAGCAUUUUACAUUCACCUCUUGGAUGAUGAUGAAUCGGAAGGAGAAGAAUUCACGGUGAGAGAUGGCUACAUUCAUUAUGGGCAGACUGUCAAACUUGUAUGCUCCGUUACUGGCAUGGCACUCCCAAGACUGAUCAUUCGAAAAGUAGAUAAGCAAACAGCAUUAUUGGAUGCAGAUGAUCCAGUAUCACAGCUCCAUAAAUGUGCAUUUUACCUUAAAGACACUGAGAGAAUGUAUUUGUGCCUUUCCCAGGAGAGAAUAAUCCAAUUUCAAGCCACUCCAUGCCCAAAAGAACCAAAUAAAGAAAUGAUUAAUGAUGGAGCUUCUUGGACAAUCAUUAGCACAGAUAAAGCAGAGUACACAUUUUAUGAGGGGAUGGGACCUGUCCAUGCUCCAGUGACACCUGUGCCUGUUGUAGAAAGUCUUCAAUUGAAUGGCGGCGGGGAUGUAGCAAUGUUGGAACUUACAGGACAGAAUUUCACUCCAAAUUUACGUGUCUGGUUUGGCGAUGUGGAAGCUGAAACUAUGUACAGAUGUGCAGAGAGCAUGCUAUGUGUUGUUCCAGAUAUUUCUGCAUUUCGAGAGGGUUGGAGGUGGGUCCGUCAACCAGUCCAAGUUCCAGUAACUUUGGUCCGUAACGAUGGCAUAAUUUACUCCACCAGCCUUACCUUUACAUACACACCAGAACCAGGGCCACGACCACACUGCAGUGCUGCUGGAGCAAUCCUCAGAGCCAACUCAAGCCUCAUGGCUUCCAGUGAAACAAAUGCAAACAGCGAGGGAAGUUACACAAAUGUCAGCACAAAUCCAACCAACGUCACAUCAUCUACAGCAACUGUAGUUUCCUAACUACCGUUGUUUGUUUGGACUCUAACUGACUUUUAAGUGCUACGUUCAAGAGAACUGAACAAUUUUUGUGGUUUCAUGGGAAAACACCUUUCCAUUUUAGAUGAUGGUAUUUCGAACCUGGUUACCUGCAAGUGCUAAUCUUAAAUAUAGAAGCCACAAUAAAAAAAAAAAACAAACAAA